UACUUAGAUAUAUUACAAAACUCUUAUCUACUUUAUAGCCCUGAGACUAUCUUUUGUGUACUUUAAUCAUUCAUCUCUCUCUCUCUCAUUCUGGAUCAUCCCAAUAGUUUUCUCCAUUCCUCAAUCUUGAAAAGACUCUGUUUCACAGAGAUCUUGAUAAUAGCCUUUGGUUUCUAAGAUGGGUAAUGACGAGACCGUACGAUUCUUGAUUCACCUACUCAAUGGAAGAUGGUUCAUGGUGUUUGCUUCGUUCCUCAUCAUGGCUUGUGCUGGAGCCACUUAUCUCUUUGGGACUUACUCAAAAGAUAUUAAAUCCACACUUGGUUAUGACCAGACAACGUUAAACCUCUUAGGUUUCUUUAAAGAUCUUGGAGCAAACGUUGGAGUUUUGUCCGGACUUAUUGCUGAGGUCACACCGACUUGGUUUGUCCUUACCAUCGGUUCGGCGAUGAACUUUGUCGGUUACUUCAUGAUCUGGCUUACUGUCACAGGUAAAGUCGCGAAGCCAAAGGUUUGGCAAAUGUGUCUUUACAUUUGUAUAGGAGCCAACUCGCAGAACUUUGCAAACACAGGAGCUUUGGUUACUUGUGUUAAGAACUUCCCUGAGAGCAGAGGAGUUAUGCUUGGUUUGCUUAAGGGUUAUGUUGGUCUAAGUGGCGCAAUCAUGACGCAGCUUUAUUUUGCGAUAUAUGGAAAUGAUUCAAAGUCUUUGAUUCUGUUGAUAGCAUGGUUGCCUGCUGCGGUGUCUCUAGUGUUUGUGUAUUUGAUAAGAGAGAAGAAGGUUGUGAGACAGAGGAAUGAGCUCAGUGUGUUUUAUCAAUUCCUCUAUCUUUCUAUAUUCUUGGCUUUGUUUCUUAUGGCAAUGAACAUUGCUGAGAAGCAAGUUCAUUUCUCCAAAGCCGCUUAUGCUGCGAGCGCUACGGUCUGUUGUGUUUUGCUCUUUGUACCUCUUACGGUUUCGGUUAAACAAGAGAUUGAAGUUUGGAACAUGAAGAAGUUGCCUGUUGAAGAACCAAGUGAGGUCAAGGUUGAAAAACCAAAGAAAGAACUUGAUCUUGAUCAGGACAAAACCGCAAAGAAGGUGGAUCAAGAAGAGAAAGAAACUAAAUCUUGUUUCUUGACGGUGUUUUCUCCACCGCCAAGAGGGGAAGAUUACACCAUACUACAAGCAUUGUUAAGCACCGACAUGAUAAUCUUAUUUGUCGCUACAUUUUGUGGUUUAGGAUCGAGCUUGACAGCCGUAGACAACCUCGGGCAGAUAGGGGAAUCCCUCGGCUACCCGAACCACACGGUUAGCUCCUUUGUGUCUCUAGUCAGCAUAUGGAACUACUUCGGUCGAGUGUUUUCAGGUUUUGUCUCGGAAUACUUGCUGGCAAAGUAUAAAUUACCCCGGCCGCUUAUGAUGACAUUAGUCCUUUUAUUGAGUUGUGCUGGCCACCUUCUCAUUGCCUUCCCGAUACCCGGUUCAGUAUAUAUCGCGUCGAUACUAAUGGGAUUCUCUUUCGGCGCACAACUUCCUUUGCUCUUUGCCAUUAUCUCAGAACUUUUUGGGCUCAAGUACUACUCUACAUUGUUCAAUUGUGGACAGCUUGCUAGCCCCCUCGGUUCAUACAUCCUCAACGUUCGAGUCACGGGAAUGCUUUACGAUAGAGAGGCCUUGAAGCAACUAGCAGCACGAGGGCUAACCCGAAAAGAUGUAAAGGACUUGACUUGCAUAGGUAGUCAAUGUUAUAAGUUGCCUUUUGUGAUUUUGGCUGCAGUAACGUUCUUUGGAGCGCUUGUGUCUUUAGGUCUAGCAAUGAGGACUAGAGAGUUUUACAAAGGUGAUAUUUACAAGAAGUUUAGAGAGAGUUCUGAAUCCGAGUCUGAUAUCGUUAUCUCGGAUUCAAGAAAAUCUUGAUUUGGAUCAUUGGAUCAAGAAAAGCUGUUGAAAUUUGUUGGUAAAUAAUUAUCAAACAAAUUUGUAAUUGUAACUUAAAUUAUAGAUGAAUAAUAUUCAUAGAAAAGAGUC